GCUGGAAUAAAGACGGAUUACUGUUUGCUACACUGAACUAAUGGCAAAAAGAUCUGCUCAACACUUUCUCCGAGCUCUUGCUGAGCUGCCUGAGGGUCGGUCCUCCAGUAUUUGGAGAAAAAACUCCAUCAGACAUGUGAGCUCGUGUGGUGUGUUAGCAACAAGCAGUAACAGGUUAAAGCUGUUUCCCGUGACGAUACACACCAUCCCCGCUCGCAAGUUCAUUAACCUGGCUGCCCCCGUCAUAGCACGAAAAGUGGAGUACUCUGAGAAUAGGACUAUUGAAUACUCAGUGGAACAGAUCUACAGUAUAGUAGCCAACGUGGACAAGUAUCAGCAGUUUGUGCCAUGGUGCAAGAGGUCAAAGGUCAUAAGACAGAAGAAUGGGGAUGUGCAGGCACAGCUGGAAAUUGGAUUCCCUCCUGUCAUUGAACGCUAUGUGUCUGAGGUCACUGUCAUCCCCAACUACCAAGUCAGGGCUGUGUGUACAGACGGGUCACUCUUUAGGCACCUUGAUACUCUGUGGCGGUUCACACCUGCUUCUGGGAACCAGGGAGGCUCCUGUGACUUGGAGUUCUAUGUGUCAUUUGAGUUCAAGUCCCUGCUCCAUGCUCAGUUAGCUACAGUGUUCUUUGAUGAGGUGGUUAAACAGAUGGUGAACGCUUUCGAGCUCCGAGCUGCCAAGCUUUACGGCCUGCCUCAGGAUACCAACAGGAGGAUGAGAGCAGCCUGAGAGCGAGAUAUUCUCAGGGAAAAAAAAAAAAAAAAAAAUCACUUUAUAAAAGACAUUCCAGAAACAUAAUCACAGUGUUUUAACUCCAGAAGAGGGCUGGCAAUAUUGUCCGGGAUAUCGGACAACGCUUCUCAGUGUGCAAAUAUUUAUAUGUACAGACACACACAAAAUGACUAUUUAUUUUAAUUACAAUAUUUAAUGUAUGUAGUAUAAUAUCUUAUGGUAAAUGUUGUGUGUGUGUGUGUGUGUGUGAGAGAGAGAGAAUGAAGUUAAAGAGUGAAUGAUCAGUGUAAUUUAACACUUUUUACAAUUAUUUAAAAAAAAUCAAAUAUUUCCAUUAACUAUAAAUGGGAAUUUCUCCCAGCAUGCAUUACAUUUUUUAAAAUUAUCUUUAUUAAGUCUUUAAUUAGACAUGUGUGCAGUCUCUUGCCUCAAGACUGAGUUUGUACAAGUUUUUUUUUUUGUUGAGUUUGUUGUGUUUAAAGAUGCACAGCACUUUUUGCAUAUGUUACAGUGAGUGUAUGGUUUUACUCUUUAUAAGGUUAUAUUAACUUAAAUGCUUCUGCUUUCUGUCUGACAUCUGUUGAUGUUUCAAGAAAGUUGCAUAACGGUUAGAUUAACUAUUUAGGUGUCCAGUGACCACAGAACCCCUUGGGGAAACCAUACUUCCUGUUCUCAAGAGAUAAUUAUGUUGUGGCACGCUCCUGUCUACCCACCAGUCAGGGUUUGCUUCUGCACCCUGUCAACCCGCCACUGACAAAUAAACAUGUUUAUGACCAAGAGGAACCACUUAAAUUAAAUUUGUAGUAAUAAUAAAAUAAACAGACACACAUACAGAGCACCGUAACCAUAACAUUAUAACCACCUGCUGUUCUGACAACUUUCUAAAAGCAUUAACCUUUGAAAAAAAAAAUGAGUAACUGAAUUGCGCCAUACACUGCAGUAUCAGGACCUGCCAAAAGUGCUCCAUAGAAGGUAAAGUGGUGGACUGGCGACAGGGUCAUGGCGACAGCCUUGUGAGGAGCAAAGGUUGCCCCAUGUAGUCCAAUCCAAUAGACAAGUUAUUGCAACUCAAAUUGAUGAAAAGGUUAAAUCUGGUUCCCUUUAAAAUGUGUCAGAACACACAAGUCAUCACUGUUAUGUUGGCAAAAGCGAGGACUUACUCAAUAUUAGGCAGGUGGUCAUAAUGUUAUGGCUGAUUCCACAAGUAUGAAGAUCACUGGUUUACUAAAGUGCCCCCUUGUGGAGACUCUUGGAAAGAAAUAAUUUGAUGAAUCAAAGCUCACUGUGAUGAUUUGAUACUUUUUAACUUCAAAGCACAAGAAGUUCUUUAAGGUACAAAUAAAAGGUACAGAGAGUGCACAGUGUAAUUCAGGUGAAACUGUUUUUGUUUAUUAUUAUUAUUAUUAUGUUCAAUCAUAGACACUUUAUUAAUUCACAGUUAUAGCAGUAUGUGGGCGUAUUGUCUAACGUUACUUGUUUUGAACACGUACCUUAACUUAGGUGUAAAAAAAUAAAUAAUUAAAUGGAAUUGCACCACA